AUGACGUCGAACCCAGCACUGCUUCGUGAGGUUCGCCUUUAUGAGAAUCACAGUGAACGGGAACAGAUGGAGAACAUGAGCGAACUGUUCGCUGUCCUCAAUGCUCUUGAGUGUUUGGAGAAGAUGUACAGCAGAGACUACAUCUCAAGUGAGGAGUACAAAACCGAGUGCUUCAAACUUCUGGAUCAGUACAAAGAAUGUUCCACUAUAACACUUUUCAAGUAUCGUCUACAUUGUCCCGCAGCACUAGAACGAAUUCACGAGGGUCGUCCGAUUACGGUCAAGGAUGACAAAGGAAAUCUACUUAAAAAUAUAGCCGUCAUUGUCGAGGUAUUCAUUACAUUUUUCGAUCAACUCAAGUUGAAUGUACGAGCUGUAGAUGAACUCUACCCAAAUCUGAACGAGCUCUAUACUUCAAUCAAUGCGAUGAGCAGUUUACCUGAGGACUUCGACGGACGUGCAAAGGUGAAAGCGUGGCAUGAUCGCCUCUCUACAAUGUCUGCAUCUGAGGAAAUCACAGAUGAGGAAGCUAGGCAAAUGAUCUUCGAAUUGGAAGGUGCAUACUCAUCCUUCAUCAAAUUCCUACAUACUCAGCAGAAUUAG